AUGUUUCAGAUUCACUCAUGCUCUUUGAUUGCAACAAUAAUAAUUGUUGUUACAACACAAAUCAUUGUAGGAGUAAAUUCCUUUUCAGAAUCUGAUAAGAUAAGCAGUUUACCUCAGCAGCCAAAAGUGGAAUUCCAGCAAUAUGCUGGUUACGUUACAGUUGAUGAAGUGCAGAAAAGAUCUUUGUUUUACUACUUUGUUGAAGCAGAAGUUGAACCGGCUUCUAAACCAGUUGUGCUUUGGUUAAACGGAGGGCCUGGUUGUUCAUCUGUUGGAGCUGGAGCUUUUGUGGAGCAUGGACCAUUCAAACCAUCUAAAAAUGGUCUUAUUAAAAAUGAUUACAGUUGGAACAAAGAAGCAAAUAUGUUGUACUUGGAAUCACCUGCUGGUGUUGGUUUCUCCUAUUCUGCCAAUGAAUCAUUCUAUGACUUUGUCAAUGAUGAAAUGACAGAUGAUAUUGAGAAAAAGGUGUUAAGGUUUUAUGGCAGCCUCAUGGGCAUGGCUCAGGUUACUGGUGAGGGAGUUGGUAUUAGAGCCCUUAGAAGAGGCAACCAGUUAACCAUGGAUCAAAGGGAAAAGAUGGUACAACCUGUGACUCUGUUAAAGGAUCAUCAACUGGAUGCAUGGAAAGCUGCUCUAACACAAGUAGCUGGACUCUCUGGUUGGGAUUCAAAAGUCACCAGACCAGAAAACAUGCUUAUUGAAGAAAUUGUGAAAGAUAUUUCAAGAAAAUUGAAUUUGAAUCACUCUUUCUUGAACGAUUAUCAGGGUAUGAUUGGAAUUGAGAAGCAUAUUGAACAAAUACAAUCUUUGUUGCACCUUGAGUCAGAAGACUUUAGAGUUGUAGGAAUUUGGGGUAUGGGAGGAAUAGGCAAAACAACAAUUGCUAGAGCAAUAUAUCACAAACUGGCAACUAAUUUCAGUUCAAGGAGUAUUAUUCUAAAUGUUGGACAAGAAGUAGAAAGAGCUGGAGUAUACCAUGUGAAAAACAAAUAUAUAUCAGAGCUUCUAGGGGAAGACAGCACAUCCUCUGGAUUAAGUCUCAAAAGUACAAAGGCUCUCCUUGUUCUUGAUGAUGUGUGUCAUUCAAAUCAAGUUAAAGAUUUAAUUGGAACCUGCAGUAACUUCGGGGAGGGUACUAGAAUCAUUGUGACUAGUAGAGACAUGCAGGUACUAAAGAACGCCGAAGCUAGUAAGAUAUAUGAAGUUAAAGAGAUGAGUUUUAAAGAUUCUCUACAACUCUUCAGUUUAAAUGCCUUUAAACAAAACUAUCCCAUAGAACCUUAUGUCGACUUAUCAAAAAAGGGAACCACGUUUGAAGUAGGAGCGACGGAGAUGGCUGAGGAAGUGACGGCAAGUGACGGUGACGGCAAGUGA